CACGAUUGGUCAUAUCCAUAGGAUUUUGCCGUUACUACGACUUUGCCGUAACGCUAUGAAUUCCAAGUCCAAAUCCAAUCAAGACGAUAAACAGUGGCCGCCCAACCAGAUCUGAUCUCCGCCAUGGAUUUGCCUCCAUUUCUUUACCACCAACGGGAUCAAUCCAGGUAUAUCUCUCCUCCUCCUCCUCCUCCUCCUCCUCCUCCUCCUUCCUCCGCCCCUCUUCCUCACCCUUUUUUUCCGGACGAUCCCAAUUUCCACUUCCCUUCCAAUCACCAUCAGGUUCUUCAUAACAUUCCCGAUAAAGGGCUAGAUUUCCCUCUGCGGCCGCCACCGCCACCGCCGUCGUACCGUCAUCCUCCGAUUCAUCCACUCCCGUCACAAGCACCGCCGCUAGGUUAUAAUCCCUCUCAACCACACUUCGUUGUUUCUUCCUCGAUUCAUGAUGACCAAUUGAGGUCUCCCCACCCUGUUCGCGAAUUUCCGCGCUCCCCUCCGCUUUCCAGUCGAGUUUCUUUCGACGGAGGGUUUCACCGCGAUUUUGUUGACCUAAAUCAUUCGUUCCAUGAAACUCGGUUUGAUAUUUCGGAUCCAUCGAGAGGCUCUGCGGAUAAUCGACCUCCAAUUCCGCAUUCUCCUAUCGAUAUUCAGCAUGGAGCUGGCCACCGAGAAAUUGAUUACAGAUCUGUCAUGCCGUAUCCGCCCCCUGAUAUGUUUAGGUAUAGUUCAGGUAGUAGUUCUAGGCGGGGAGCGGAAUACAAUGAUAGAUUUCAGACAAAUCCAAGAGAAGAGGUGCUACGGGGACGAGGUGAGGAGAAUUAUUAUCACCACGAUCAGCUUAAAGCUGAUUCCAAUAUCACCUUUAUGGAAUCUGGAGCGAUGCAGAGUCCAUUAUCUAGAGAUAACAAAUUUACUUCUGGUAGUUUUGAUAAACAUCGCUAUGGCUCGAAUUAUGAAAAAGAAUCUUUUAGGAGUCGUAGGAAUGGUAAUGUGGUGGGUAAAAAUCAGAGAUGGGUUCAUAGCAAACAAACCUUUAGAAACAUGCACAAUUCAUACUCAGAUGGAAGCAAUGAUAGAGGAUAUGGUGACCGUAGUGAUUUUCGAAUUAUGUCUGGUAAGCAUGGACAUUCUAAUCCAGAAUCAGGAAAAUAUUACAGUGACAAUAAGGAUAGUAUAGAAGGUUAUAAUGAGUACAUGUCCACUCCACGGAAGCAGGUACAGAAAAAGAGUGCUUUUCUCAGAAUUCAGAUGGCAAAUCCUUGUCACGGUAACCGAGAGAGUGAACAAUUACACGAUUCUGAUUAUUUUGAUGAGAAGAACGGUUUCCACAGAGGCAAAAAUCAGGUUCGAUCUCAGGGCUACAGAAUAGAUGCAGGGAAGAAGAGACAGGGAAGUCCUAUGGAGCUUGAUGUUUCUUUUAAAUCCAAUUCAUUGGUGGCCAAGGCAAUCGUGACACCAACACAGUCUGCUCCGACUUCUCAUAUGGAUAAAAUGCCUGGAUAUGAAAAAACUACAAAUGUUUUGGUUCUCGUUCCCCACCAUAACUCUACUGACUUGCAUUUAACGGGUAAGAACAAGGAUGAUUUAGGCACAAAUGAUGUUACAAAUCCUGCCCCAUGCCCCCCAGGUUCUAAAAAUGAGCUGAAAGAAUCAGAUGAGAAGGCUACAGGUUCGUUGGCUGGUAAUGGAUCUAACAAUUUAACAGAUGUUUCUUUGGUUAAGGGCAAUUAUUCACUUAGAAAAACUAACGUUGAAAGACCUUCACAAGGAAUGGUGUCAGGUAUAAAAGGAAGGAAUGCUUAUGGAAAAGUAGCUACUGUGAGAACCAUGAAGAAGAAAAAGGUUGUGAGGAAAGUAGUGAAGAAGGUAGGAAGUCCCCGACUGUAUUUACAGACAAGAAGCAGCAAUGUUAACCCUUUGAAAGCAUGUAGCUUGAAAAAUAUUCCGCCGGUUUCAGAAAACAAGUCUUCCACAUCUGGAAUGAACUCAGAUCAUGGUUCUGCGUUGAAGGCUUCUCAGCAUGGUAUGUCUGGAUCACUAGAUAAUGGAAAAGCAGAUCAGUCUGUCCUGCCUAUAACAUCAGAAGAGUUUCAAGCCAACACUGAUAUGGGCAUGGAAUGUGUACCUGCAGAUGAUAGUAAUAAAAAUAACUUCGAUUCUCCUUUGAAUCCCUUGAUAAAAGAGGCAAGAGGAUCUAGUAAUCAAAUUGAGAGAAACAGUUCUUUCAUUUCCGUUCCACCUCUUUUAAAUUCUAAUAAGGAUCUUAAACUAUCAAAUGGACCUAAUGACUUCGAUUUUGAAUGUCAGAAGUCAAUCAAGCCUAAACUUUGUGGGAAUGAAGAAGACUUGUCAUUUGAGAAUGUAUAUAGUAAAGGGUCUAAAUCUAUCAUGUUUUCCCUAGGAAGCAGUCAGUCUGGAAUAGUGAGUUCAAAUGAUCCUAAUCUACAUGAUAAUCUUGUAAAGGGAAAUAGUUUGGCUGUUAAUAAAGACGUUCCCAUGGAUUUUGAUAAUGGGGUAACUCAGGUUCAAGAUAAUCCACUUUGUGAAACUUUUUUAGCUGAUGGAAUUUGCCAGCAAUGUGCCAACAGGGUAACUGGACCUCCUGAGACUGAUGUCGUGGGAGUAUCUGCAGCAAAAGUUACAAUUAGCAAUUCUUUGGUGGGCGUAAAUCCAGAAGCAUCUGAAAUGCAGCAGAUUGAUUCCAAAAAUUUGCAAGACUAUAACAGUGGACAACAUACUAAUCAAGAUUCAAAUGACUGUCGUCAGUGUACUAAUAUACGAGUGAAUGAGGUUCUUAAUUGUGAGAGGAUUGGUAGUGCAAUGAGAGAAUCGAAAGCUAUGGAUAGUUCUGCUUCACUAGGUAUUAGUUCGGUAGAAAGAUCUGCCAAAGAUAAGGUUUCAAUUAGUGGUGGACAAGGUGAGAAAUCAUUGUCAAAGGUGAGUAAAAUUAAUAAUUGUUUGGAUUUUGCAGGUUCUCGUGACAUCAAUCAGGAGACGAAUUCUGUGGAUUUAUGUGUACGUUCUAAUUCUAAAAAUUAUUGCCCUUCAGAGCAGGGUGUUUCUGGUGAUGGAAGCAUAAUAAUAGAUGUAAAUCCUACCACCACUGAAGAGAGUCCAGUGCCUGAUUUCAAUUUAUUAGGUAAGUCGUCAAAAAAUAAGUUGUUGAUGGGCUUUGAUGUUAAUAAUAGAGGAAAUGAGAUCAAGUCCCGAAAGAAGCGAAAGAUAUGCAUUGCUAGUCCUGUUUUGCCUUGCCCCGGUGUUGAAUCUAAUGAAGUGCCUGCACUUACAGUCAUCUCUAGUUUAAAUGAUCAGUUAACCUCUAAUGUUGAGUUAAUGGAAGGAGAGGAGGCUGCAGCAUCUACUGUGGAUGCUUUUUUCAAAGCUAGUCCUGUUUCUACAGAUUGUUCGAAAGGGAUCAGCAAGAUGCUCGAUGAGAUACCGAAAAAGGAAAAUUCCAAAAAAAUAAAUAUUGAUGAUGGUCCUUUUGAGUAUUGCUUGAAAUAUGAACAACCAGAAAACUCUCGCUCAAUCCAGGAGGAGUUGAUUGUUUCAAAAUGUCAACCACUUUCUUCAUUGGGAAAUGAGAAAGAAGACAGCAGUACUCCCACAAUGGCACCAAAUCAAAGAAAUGAUUUGGAUGUAGUCAUUUGUAGAAGAAAAGAACUAAAUAUUCAUGCUGAAGCACAAUCUAUGCUUUGUAAUAAGACUGCACAGUGGGAUAGUCCUCAAGUUCCAUCCUCUCAGACCUUAAAUUUUUCAUAUCCAGAAGCAGUUAAAGCAUCUUGUAAUCUUGGCCAGGAUAAUAUGCAUCAUAUAGAAAGAUGUGCUGAUGGUGGCAGCUGCCUCACUGCCAAUUCUGACAAUGAAAUUAUAGGCCUUGCAAGUGAUACCCAAGGGGAUUUGGGUUCUCCAGAAACCUCCAAUGUUCAUGGGAUAGAUAAAUUACAUCGUGAGGUAUCUCUCAGAAAUAUUGACUUCAAAAUGGAUUGUGAAUAUGACAAAAAGGUGAAGGAGAAAUCUAGUGCUGAAAAUGAAUUAAGGGCAUCGAAUGAUACUUCAUUUCCACAGCCUACGACCAUUAAUCAGAAAUUAGGUUGUACCAAUUCUGACAACAAUUUGACUGCUGGCAAAGUAGUAUCACGGGCAUUGGUAGAAUUAAAAAGUGGACUUCAAGCUGACAAUCGUUCUGCCAACUCGUGCAAGAAAAAUCAGAAUAUGGUUUAUCACAAAUAUCAGACAAUUCCUGGUAAAUCUUUUUCCACAUGCACUGCGUCAAAGAAGAUAGCAUCUGAUAGAAGUUUUCUUGGUACAAAACCCCGAAGUUGGCAUCGGAAUGUUAACACUCUAGUUCCAGUUCCUGGAAAUGCGGCUUUAUCAAGUACUAUUCCUUCCCAAGGGCAGUUACAUGGUGGAGAUGGAAUGCUUGAGAGUACUUUGUACAUUCGUAAAGGUAACAGCCUAGUUCGAAAGCCAUCUCCAGUUGCAGCUCGAGUUUCAGGCUCCCAUGAUUUAAGUUCAAGCUCAUCUGAUCAACAUGAUUGCAGACCUAAUAUAAAAUCUAAUGGUAAGGUUGAGGUGGCUAAUCCUCCUGUCCAUUUUAAAGUAAGGGGAACUGAUGUUCCUAUUGAUAAGCCCUUUCCUCCCCAACUAUCUAGUGGGUCUGGGUCGCCCAAUCAUCCUAUUCCCUAUGCAGAAUAUGCACCAUCUCCUUGCCAUGAACCUGAAUCAAAUCUCACGAAGUCUAAACAUGUUAGUGAUCUGUCUAGGUCUGUUGGGGAUCCCUCGAAGAUUUUUGUAGCUCCUAAAAGCCUGGUUGGUACUGCUGAUAAGAAAGAACAUCUGACUGAAAAAAAAGACAAGAAUUUUGUUUCUUCAGUUGUAAAAAAGAUGGUGUAUGUAAAGAGCAAGUCAAAUCAGUUGGUUGCUACUUCUAAACCCUGUAAUUUAUCAACUAAAAAUAUGGAGACUACUUGUUCCUUGGCCUCCGAUGGCUAUUACAAGAAGAAAAAGAAUCAGUUGAUCAGGGCAUCAUCAGAAUGUCAGAUGAAGCAGACUUCACUCCCCACCGAAGAUAUUUUGAACCCAGGAGGUCCAAGCUCUUAUGGAGAUGGAGAUGCUAGAAGUUUUGAUAAGAUACAACAAUAUAAAGCUGUAGUGAGAACAUAUAGGCCGUCAAAGUCCUCUUUGGUAUGGACACUUCGCACUUCUGUUGCUCCAGGAAUUGGUGGUGGUAAUUUGCAGAAUCAUAAGAUGGCUCCUCGUCUUUUUCCUUGGAAAAGAUCACAUUGGAAGACCUUCAAGCUAAACGCUUCUACUCAGAGAAACAGCUCUUUCUCUAUUGUCAGAAAAUUGUUGCUGAUGAGGAACAGGAACACAGUUUAUAAAAGAUCAAAACAUGGAUUUUCACUUAGAAAAUCCAAGGUACUAAGUAUUGGCAGGUCUAGUUUAAAGUGGUCCAAAUCCAUUGAAAAGCACUCAAAGAAAGCUAAUGAGGAAGCUACGAAGGCAGUUGCUGAUGUCGAAAGGAAGAAAAGGGAGCGUAAUUUGGAUGCAUCUAUUUCCUCUGAUGCUCCGGGUGGAAAUCAGUUUUCCUAUGACCAAGCAUCCGGUUCUACUCUGCAACCAAAAAAGACUGCUAAGAAAUUUUUUAUUCCACGGAGUCUAAUGAUUGGAAAUGACGAAUAUGUUAAGAUUGGAAAUGGCAAUCAGUUGGUCAGAAAUACAAAAAGACGAGCACGCAUAUUGGCAAAUGAGAAAAUUCGAUGGAGUUUGCACACUGCAAGACAGCGUCUGGCUAAGAAGGGGAAGUACUGUCAAUUUUUUACAAGAUUUGGCAAGUGUAACAAAGAAGGUGGCAAGUGCCCUUAUAUUCACGACACUUCCAAGAUUGCAGUCUGCACAAAAUUUCUUAAUGGUUUAUGUUCUAACGCAAGCUGCAAAUUGACUCAUAAGGUCAUUCCAGAAAGGAUGCCUGAUUGUUCAUACUUUUUACAGGGUUUAUGCAGCAGCAAAAAUUGUGCUUAUAGACAUGUAAAUGUGAACUCAAAGGCCCCUACUUGCCAGGCUUUUCUCAGGGGUUAUUGUGCUCUUGGCGACGAGUGCCGUAAGAAGCACAGUUAUGUAUGCCCCUUGUUCGAAGCAACAGGUACAUGUCCUGAUAGACCCAAGUGCAAACUUCACCAUCCUAAAAGACAAACUAAAGGAAGAAAAAGGAAACGAUCAGAAGGGAAGAAUAACGAUCAAGGACGGUACUUUGGUUCUAAGAAAUACAAUGUUUUUGGGUCGAGAAUGGUGGUGAGUGAGAAGCAUCCUGUUAAGUUGAGUGAUCCUUUUCCUGAAAAAGAUCUGGCAGAUUAUAUCAGCCUCGACGUUUCUAGUGAUGAAGAGAUUGCAAAAAGCCCUGACUCAACGAGCCUGAGUACGUCCUUUUGCGAAGGUUACCUCUCAGAGUUACUACUAAACAAUCCCGACAAGCUAAUCAAACCAGUUCGGAUAAUGACCGAGAAUCUGACGAUGCAAUCGCUGGCAAACUGAGCUGCCUGCUGCUGAUUCUGUGCCAGGUACGUGUCCAAUCUCUCACCAUUACAGUUUAGUUUAGUGUAUACCUACUUUGCCAAUAUCUGUAACACAAUCACAGUUUAGGUUUUCUAGUUUAUAGCUUCUAGCUUUUCUUCUCAGUGCAGAAUUGUGAAAAACUUCCCUUCUGCCAUUACUGUAAAUCAACAUUUUAAUGUGAAAGGAAUGAAAUGAUUUUAUGAGAAGUGGAUGUGAUAA